AUGACCAAGCUCUACCCCAAGCCCAAGGAGAUGGCAGAGCUCGUGAGCAGCCAAGCCUGGAUGGAUGAACCCUUGGGCUCCAAGGAGGAGCUGAAGGAGGAGGACACCAGGGCAGGUCCCUUCGGGCUGAUGUCAGGCCUGACCGAGGAGCACGACAGCAUCGAGGAGGAGGAGGAGGAGGAGGAGGAGGAGGAUGGGGAGAAGCCCAAGAGGAGAGGCCCAAAGAAGAAGAAGAUGACCAAGGCAAGGUUGGAAAGGUUCAGGGCUCGGAGGGUGAAGGCCAACGCUCGGGAGCGAACGCGCAUGCACGGCCUCAACGACGCCCUGGACAACCUGAGGAGGGUCAUGCCAUGUUAUUCCAAGACUCAGAAGCUCUCCAAGAUUGAGACCUUGAGGUUGGCCAGGAAUUACAUCUGGGCCCUGUCCGAGGUGCUGGAGACAGGACAGACCCCUGAAGGGAAGAGCUUCGUGGAGAUGCUCUGCAAAGGUUUGUCCCAACCCACCAGUAACUUGGUGGCUGGUUGUCUGCAGCUUGGACCACAGACCUUGUUCCUGGAGAAACAUGAGGAGAAAUCUCCAGUGUGUGAAUCAACCAUCAGCACUCACUCCUUCAGCUAUCAGUCCCCAGGGUUGCCCAGCCCACCCUACGGGACCAUGGAGUCCCAUCUGCUGCACCUAAAGCCUCCAACCUUCAAGAGUUUGGUGGAUGCUUCUUUUGGCAACCAUCCCUCUGACUGCUCCACCCCUCCCUACGAGGGGCCCCUGACACCACCCCUGAGCAUCAGUGGCAACUUCUCCCUGAAGCAAGAUGGGUCUCCAGACCUGGAGAAGUCCUACACCUUCAUGGCUCACUACCCCUCGGUGGGUUUGGCUGGAGCUCGUGGUCACACCUCCCACUUCCAGACCACGGUGCAACGUUACGAGAUCCCCCUGGACAUGAGCUAUGAGUCCUACCAACACCACGUGGCUGGGCCCCAGCUCAAUGUCAUCUUCAAUGAGUAG